AUGGAUGAUCCAGUCGCCGAGAUUAAGGACGUUGUACGAUCACUUGUUGAGCCUUACGAAGCGUGGGUGCUUGCUUCGAAUGUGGAAAAAUAUUUUACUGAGGACGCGUUUAUCUUGCAUCCGCUCUUAAAUCAGACCCGAGCAAGAGGCAGCCGGGAACAUUUGAAAGGUAUUUAUAAAAUUCUCCGGGUUUUUACCAUCAACAACAAAAUCGAGUUUCACGCGGUAAUGUUCAAUGAAGAUAAAACUCAAGGUGCUAUUGAAUUGACCGAACACCUCUACCCACGGCUAUUUCCGUUUGAAAGUAUGAAAUUUUCCUUGCCACUCUGGAUCCGAAUCGACUUGGUUAAAGAUAGUGAUGGCAAAUAUCGAAUAUGCAGGCAACACGACAUGGUUCCAACUGAUCCAGGGAUCGUUAACCUUCCCUUCCUUUCGAUGGUGGCUCAGUGCUUUAACAUCGUUAAAGCGUUCAAUGGUAUGGCCAUGGGGAUCAUUGGCAAGUUUCUUCUUGAUCGGAGGUAUCUUGGAGCUUGA